GGGGUUCCCUGCUUCCACACUGAUGACCACAGCUUCGGAGUGAAGCGCGCGGAGGGGAAGCACGUGCAAACUUCAGUCCUUUAUAACGCUCCAACUCUGAUGUCCGCUUGGCACGCGCAAAGACGAGUCGUUCCCAGACUAGAUGGGUUGAGGGAGACGCGUAAACACGCUAUGCUGUCGCCCCGAAGGCAAACUCCGAGCUGUUUUUCCGAGGAAGACUUUUCAUCCUGAAAUCACACUUCUAUAUGGAUUAUUGAUUUUAAAACUUGGAAUAAAGUUCACAACCAGGACACCAGGACUGCGUUUUGGUUCGGAUGUUUUGUUAUGAUAUGUCUAGAGAAUAAAAAGCAUCGUGUCGCACAUCCACUCUCUGAAUCUGACGGAUAGGAACCUGGCCGAGGUGCGGGUGGAGCGCGCGGAUGCGGUGGAGGUGUGCGCAGACCCGCAGGCUGUGCGUCCGGCUGACCAGACCCUCAGCUGUCUCUAACUCUCCUCUUCUCCUCCAUAUAUCUCAGAUGCUUCGGAUGGCCGCGCGUCACCCCCCGGCACCAUCCAGCUGCACCUUUACGCACUCCGGCUGUGAGAUCACCGCCAUCCAUGAAUAGUUCCUCGCGAUCCUUUCUGACCGAAUAUCGGCUCUUUCUGCGGGGACAGUUGAAUGGAUUUUCAGGUAUACUUUAAACAAACUGUGGAAUUAGAAAAAGACCAUUUUUGGAGCCCUAAAUGCUCUUUACUUAGGCUUGUGUACGAGAAAUGCGUCUGCCUGGAGAUAUUUAAAUCGCUUUGGUGAACAUUUUUUUAGUUUUAUUAUUUGAGAUUUGAAGAGGGGAAAAUGAACCUGUGUGUGGUCAGUCUUCUCCUCACUCUGGAUUUAGCCGCCGUGGCGCUCAGUCUGUCCACGUGCAGCACGCUGGACAUGGAUCAGUUCAAGAAGAAGCGCAUCGAGGCUAUCCGAGGGCAGAUCCUGAGCAAGCUGAAGCUCAGCAGUCCGCCGGAGGACUUCCCCGAGCCCGACGAGGUGUCUCAGGACAUUGUCGCCAUUUACAACAGCACGCGCGACCUGCUGCAGGAGAAGGCGAACGAGCGCGCCGCGACGUGCGAGCGCCAGCGCAGCGAAGAGGAGUACUACGCCAAGGAGGUGCACAAGAUCGACAUGCAGCCAGUGUACCCGUCAGAGAGUAGGCUAAAUGCAAUCUCUCCUCCAAACUUCAACCCUUACUUCAGGCGGCUGACGUUUGAUGUGUCCUCCAUGGAAAAGAACGCCUCCAACCUGGUGAAGGCUGAGCUCAGGAUCUUCCGUCUUCAAAACCACGUUGCCCGGGUGUCUGAGCAGCGCAUAGAACUGUACCAGAUUUUAGGACACAAAGAUCUGACGUCCCCGACGCAGCGAUACAUAGACAGUAAGGUGGUACGAACACAGACGGAGGGCGAGUGGCUCUCCUUCGAUGUGACGGAGGCCGUGAAUGAAUGGCUGAACCACAGAGACAGAAACAGUGGCUUCAAGAUCAGCCUGCACUGCCCAUGCUGCACCUUUGUGCCAUCAAAUAACUACAUUAUUCCCAACAAGAGCGAGGAGCUGGAAGCACGCUUUGCAGGUAUUGAUGACAGCUUCGGCCAUAGUGUUGACCUGAAGUUGCCUAAGCACAGAUCCCGGGCUCCACACCUCUUGCUCAUGCUGCUGCCUUCAUACCGGCUGGAGUCGCAGUCCCAGCACACCAACCAUCGAGCCAAGAGAGCUCUGGAUGCUGCCUAUUGCUCCAGAAACGUUCAGGACAACUGCUGCUUACGCUCUCUCUACAUCGACUUUAAGAAGGAUCUAGGCUGGAGGUGGAUCCACGAGCCAAAGGGCUACGAAGCUAACUUCUGUGCCGGGGCCUGUCCAUAUCUGUGGAGCGCCGACACCCAGCAUUCCAAGGUGUUAGGCCUGUAUAACACCAUCAACCCUGAAGCUUCGGCAUCACCCUGCUGCGUCUCCCAGGACUUGGAGCCCCUCACUAUCCUCUACUACAUCGGAAAGACCCCCAAAAUAGAGCAGCUCUCCAACAUGAAGGUCAAGUCCUGCAAGUGUAGCUGAAAGACCUUUCGAGACAGCAAAAACACACACACACACACACACACACACACACACACACACACACACACACACACACACACACACACACACACACACACACACACACACACACACACACACACUCAGUGGAUUUGGACAUACAUACAGUCAAACUGGACUAUUCGCUUGGCUUGCUGGAGAAUGGAGGUACGGAACAGUUCAAUGUGAGCACAACGAACAGGAACAGUGUUGUCAUGAUAGCAGAAACUUGACUUUGAUACCAAUGCUGUACAAAUUCAAUUUAGCUUUACAGUAUUUCAUAACAACAUUUAUUUCUACAACUAACACUUCAAAUAAUGAAUGCGCUUGCAAACAACAAGCUAUUACCCCUGCUAAACAAACAUCAGAAGGCUUUUUAUACAUAUUGAACCGACUUCUACCAGAUGCAGGUAUUUGCUGCUACAUACAGUAAGUCUGACAUUUCGUGAAUCAGAUUGUUCUUAUGUGGCCAAGCAAGCCAAACAAAAAGUAUAACGGCCCUCAUAUUUUAUAUUGUUAGCCGUAAACCAUGAGCUAAUGCAAGAGAGGCUCUGAGGAUUUUCACUGCUGUCUGGGUUGCAAAUAAAAAAUUAGUUUAAAUGAUGGCAACAACUAAAUCCUAACUGAUGAAUCGGACAGCAUGAGCUUAUCACAGGCUAAGAAAGAUAACAGUCUUAAGAGGCCUUGUUAUGCUUUUGGGGUUUUUUCUGUUCUGUAGUGUGUUUUAGUGCAUGUAAACAGUAAAUCCCUCUGUUCCCUCCUCCGGGAGUUUCUCUAACACACACCUCCCCCCUCCCCCCUGAAACGCCUCCAUUGGACUCCAUUGUUUACUUCCGUAUCAUAACGAUAUCACUAUGUAACACUUGCGCUUCUAUUGGCUAGCGCUACAACGCUUUGUACGUGAUAGGCUGAGGGGUCCGUACAUCUCUUAGCAGUUGACCAACCACAACAGAGCUGUCCAGCUAACCAAACAGAGCAGACUGGGCUCUGGUUUCAGACAGAGGGUAAAAAGAGGUGCCACAGCACAGGCAGUAUGAGAAAAAUAAAGAGCUUUCUAAACGUUAAAGCAUGGAGAGAUGUCCCAGGAGAACCAGGUAUAUGAAAAUGAGCAGAAUGUGUCCUCUAAUGACAUUCCCUGCUAAUCAAAUUUCAGCUGGCAGAACAGAUUUGAUAACAUUACGGAAUAAUCUUUAGCAGUUGUAUUAAAGUCAUGCAAAUAUGUGUAUUGUGACCCCACUGCGCAGGACCCAUAUAAGCUACAGUUACAAACACACACACACACACACACAGUUGCGUAGAUACAGUAUGUCAAUGUCCCUUUUUGCAUUUUGAAGGCCCUGUCAACAUGCAUCACCUCACAUGAUUGUCACACCGAGAGUAAGGCAAACACUGGAAAUAUAAGUGAUCUAUAUGUGAAAUAAGUCCUGAAAAUAUCACAGCCCCACCAAUAACACCCCCCACCCCAUCAGCCCUCCACAGUAUUCACAGUCACACCGAGUCCUCAUUUCUGUGUUUGUCUAUCCUUUUGGUAUCCUUUGGUGUUUUAUAAAUCUUGUCAUUUUGUUUGCUAUUUAAAGUGAUUCUGUUUAUGAUUUAGCACCCUGCAGAGGUCGAUAAUUGGAUGGUAUCAACCUCACACUGAUGAUGUACAUAUAUGUAUGUAUAAUAUUUACUUCAUUUUGUAGUUUACAGAUGUUGGAAAAUGAUUGUGUUUAAUUAAAGCAUGAGCCACCGUAAGAUAAUUACAUGGAAGCUCUUUAAAGGAUAAUCCCGGUUUAUUAUAACAAUGGUCUCAUUUUUGCAGUUGGACAUAAUUUCCAGUUAAAUAUUAGAAAGGAGUGAGCAUUGCUGUGUUGGUCGCAGUUAGUGAAGGAGUCAAAUAUACUUACCACAAUAGGAUAUACAGUCCUGACCCUAACCCUAACUUCAGAUAAAGAUGAUGUUGAUAUAAGGCUGUGUGUCCACAGAGUGUGUUUACUGACAGGUAGGUGCUAGGGAACGCUUCAGACCUGCAUCUUAUCUUCCUAUUGCAACAAUUUAUAUAUCCGCCCGUGUUUGACAGACUAGCAUCACCCCAUUGUCUUUCAAAAUAUUUGUGUGCUACUAUCUAUUUGAUUGACAUUGUUUUGUUACCAUAAGCACCAACAAAAGGAAGUCAUUCCAAAAGCGUUAGUGCGGGAAUGACGAUGUCUUUUGUAGACAAAGUGUACGGUGAAUUCAAGUUGACCGAACACUCUCCUCUCUUUGGGACGUGUCUAUCGUUUUCCAAACCCAGUUUAGAUCACCACGCCCACUUCUGCAUUAACGUAGCUCUGCGUGACUGCGUCAUUGACGUAUAGAGAGAAUGUCCCCAUGUUGUCAGCCUGAAGUAAUAUCACAUCUACUUUAGCAUGGGAAAAACCUAUAGUGGUUGUUAAUCAGUCAGCCCCCAAAAAUGAAUCAACAGUUACGUCGCUUCAUAGAUCAUCUUCAAUUGAAUAAAAAUAGCUUUUAUCAUGAAAGAAGAUCACAGUCAUGCAUAGCUGAGUCAAUGUUUAUUCAUUUUUGAAUAUAAAUUUCCUUGGAUUUGAACAUUAUAGAAAUCAAUAUGUACCUCAUUUUUUGUUUUGUCACGUUUUGAUAAGAGUACAGUAUUUGAGUAAAUGUACUUUGUUAAUCUCCAACAGUCAGAGGAUAACAAAUAUUUUUCUUGCUGCAGAACGCUGGAAAGUUUUUCACUGACUGAUGAACAACCCAUAUUGUUUUUUCCCAAGAUACAUGAAGACUAGAUGUGAUAUUACUUCAGCGUUGUUUACAUGGGAACGGCGAAGUUCUCUUUAUACGUCCAUGACGCAGUCAGGCAGAGCUACGUUAAUGCAGAAGUGAGCGUGGUUAGAUCUAAACUGGGUUGGAAAAAGGUUUGGUACCAAUUGAAAAAAGGUUUCUUAGAAAAAGAUGCUCUGGGCACACAGACCUUAAGGGACCAACCAACAUGGAAUCCUUCUCAGUAAAAUGAUCUCUCUGUAGUUUUUGUAAGCAACUAAACAGACGGUUGUUUAGCUUUGAAAAAAUGUAAUGACAUCAACGGUACGACUCUUUAUUAACACAGUAUAACUACCCUCUCUGACUUUGACCCGCGUCAGUGUUCAGUGUGUAGUUUUACAGUGCAUUGAGGGAAUAUUAUUGAUAUCUUACCAGUGCCUGUUUCCGUAUGUUUAUUGUAGUAACCGUGUUCCCAGAUAUCUAAAACUUGGAUAUCUAGUACUAGUAUUCGGUCAGUGCAGAAGUAGCCUCAACUUCAGUAGGGAAUUUAAUCCUGUCAUUUCAUCAUUUGGUGUCCUGAUGGUUGAUUCAAUUCAUCUUUUGAGUACUGAUAUUGAACAGACCAUAGCAGAUGGAAUACAAACAUUUGCCCCACAAUCAAAAUAAUCAAACAUAUGUUGGAAUCCUGAGUAAGUUGAUACAUAGAGAUAAUCAAAUCAUACAUGCACACAGGAAAACCAUGCAAACUGCACACAGAAAGCCGACCAACUAUAAACAUUAGACCCACUGCAAACCGGAAUCAUCCUUUUAGUGUUAUGUGCACACAGUCUUGCUGUUGUAUCUAGAACAACUUUCAAAAGGUGUCCUCCCUGUUCCAUUAAGUCUAUACUGUCUGUCAUUGGCAGAGAUUGCUAUUGAACAAUUAGACACUUUCCACACAUUGAGAACAUUUAAAGAAGUGAUGACAUUUCCUAAACCUUAGUGGUACAGCGGUGCCCUCUCAUGCGCUCAGCACAGCCACAGAUGAAGGUCUGGGUUCAGAGACAGAAGUAGCUUCCCUUGUAAGUGAUGAGGAGUUUUAUCUGAUAAAAGGUUCUAAAAUGUAUUAAUGAAGAGUAGACUUUAAUGAAAUGGUUUUUGUUCAACAAAUUUCCCAUAACUGUGUCAGGUUAGUUGAACACAAUGAUGUUAAGUUGAACCAACAUUUUGUUAUUUAAACCUAUUAUUACUGCUUUCAGCUAACCUAAAACAGUGAUGUGAAUUGUGUUGACAUUAUGUUUUUAAUUCAAGUCAACGUUCCAGUUUUUUCAGUGUAGUCAUAAUCUGUUGUCAUACUGUUAAAAUAACAUUUGUAUUUCACCCUAAAAUUUGCUGUCUGUCAAUCAUUAUCUUUUUAUUUCUUUAACAAAAACAAAUUGCACUGAUGCUGUUUAAUUUUCAAAGUGUUUAGUGUCGUUAGUUAGUGUGAACCCCCCCUGUAAUGACGGGGAGGAGAGUUGACCCCAGCACCUCCCGUGGACUCGCUGAGCAGCAGAAGAAAAGAGAGCUAGGCACCAAGUUUGUCACAAUAGAGCUGUUAUUUUUAUGUGUAUUUGUUGUUUUUUUGAUGAUGAUGAUGAUGAUAAUGAUGAUGUUAUUGUGACCCACAAAGCUGUAUUGUAACACAUUGUUGUUGUGGUGCUCUAGUGGUAAAUAAAUUAUUUAAGUUUCAAGGGAA